CCACCACCAAAUCCUCAGCUCUUGCAUCCAACAGCAGCAGCAGCGGCGGCGUUAGCCCGCAUUUCGCCCGGAGCGUUAAGCGCAUGCGUUGGUCGGGGAGGCUCUAUAUAUAUGUGUGUGUUGUGCUGUACACGCAUAGACAAGGAUAGGCACACACAUACGCAGGGAACUAACUCAGUGUGUGUGUGUAUAUUAGCGGAACUAUAUGUAAGUUAGCGCUGCCACAAAGGCUGGAAAAAGGAGCGCGACAAAUUCGUAGGCUCCGCUCUGCACGGGCGUCAUAGGAGGCUGUCAGCUGCUAUACACACACACUACACACACACACUGUGUGUGUAUAUAUAGUGUCUGUCUGCACGCAUAGCAAAGCGUGUCUACAAAUGAAUGCGCUGUGUUGUGAGAAGACGCGGGGAAAGGAGGGGGCGGGUCACGGGAUAGGGGGCGCGUGUUUUUUUGUAUUUAUCACGGAGUUUUAAAGUGGCGCGUUGUUAGUUCACUUUAAGCAAGCCACACACAAUCGCGGCAUAGUUCGCGCGGGGAGCCUCUGAACGCCCGGCCAGGGCUGUACGCGUGCAUCGUUCUCAGCUGGGCUAGGGUGCAGCAGGAAGAGGAGGAAGAGGAGGAAUACGCUGCGUGUAGAUCUGGACUUUGUUAUCUAUCACGCGCGCUUUGUCGACUCCGAGGCGCGGAGAGCCAGCCGUGCGCGCUGCAUCCGCGGAGACCGCAACAAUGGAGCGGCUGCUUGGAUUCUGCUACGUGUGGCUGCAUCUGGACGUGUUCACCCUCCUCCUGGCUGCGACUAAAGGCGAGAUCCGCUGCUACUGCGACGCGGCGCACUGCGUGCCCACGGGCUACAUGUGCAAGUCAGAGAUGUCCGUGUGCUUCCGUCGCCUGUUGGAGCCCACGGACCCGCGCUCGCCGCUCGCGCACGGCUGCAUCGAGGCCCUGUCGCCCUCGCCGCCGCACCCGUGCCACGCGCCGCGCCCCCGCAACCACACGGGCCGCUGGCCGGUCGUGCGCUGCUGCCAGGACGACAUGUGCAACUACAACGCGCUGAGCGACCGGCUGCCUGCACUGCCGGCUCGUGCAGACAGCUCCGCAGCAGAGCACGCGCCGCGGGCCGCGGGCGGUCCCGGCCGCGGCGCCGGAGGCCUCCCCGCGGCGUGGCCCCCGGCGGACGCGGCCGGCUCGCGCGAGCUCUGGUUCCGCGCCGCCGUCAUCGCGGUGCCCGUGGCGGGCGCCCUGGCGCUCGCCCUGCUCGUGGUGCUCGCCCUGCGCAUGCUGCGCAGCGAGUCGCGCUGCCGCCGGCGCGACGCCGGCGUCCGGCGGCGCCUCCCGUGCGGCUGGCCCCACCGCGAGCGGCCCGGGGAAGGCCGCCGCCGCCGCCGCUGCUGCCCGGCGUGCGAGCGGCUGGGGUGCGUCCGCCCAGUGCGCAGGCCUCCCCCGGCGUGGCCUUCGCUGACGCCCUCCUGGGGCCACGUCCACGGCGGGCAGAAGACGGAUGGCGGCGCGGGCGGCGUGAGCUGCGUUCGCAAGCCGAUGCCGUGGUCCCUUGGACGCUGGGGCUCGUCUGGCAGCGCCACCGAGAAGGUUGCGUUUGUUUGAGGCACAGCCCGGAGAGGGGGUGGCGGGGGGGGGGGGGCUGCUGCUGCUGCUGCUCCUGCUGCGUUGGCUGCUGUGGCCUCAGACAGUGGGAGAUGCCGUUGGUGUUGUUAUCCAAUUGUACACAAGUUUAAAGAGCACAUCGUUUGACCGUCGUUAAAAUUGCCUUGUUUUUCAGUAGAGCAUGGUUAUGUAUCGUUCACUUUUUUUUGUGUAAGCCUGAUCUUGUUGAAAACAGUUAAGAGAGAGAUAAAGGGAAAAAAAAAACAAGAAUAACUUACUGGCCUAUUUGGAAGACUUCAGGGUAAGUCUUGUGAAAUCUGUGGAGGAAGCCCUGAAGAGCCGGGCCACAGAGCUCCCGUGUGUGGACCGAGUCGUCACUUUGCUCCACGGACUAUCUUCGCUCCUCGUGGUGACCUGACAGCCCAAGGGAAUCACUGCUGAUGAGGACCUGAAACUUUGUGAACUGCAGUGCACGUUCACGACAAAUAUACGUGUCUUUUUUUACGUAUCUUUUUUUGUCUAUGUUUAUGUUUCAAGUUCAUGUUUACUGUCUUGCAGGGCGGACUAUGGCUGAAGCCACUUGGUAAAAUACUGUAGAGUGUGUUUUUUUUUUCUUCCCACGUGUGGACGCAUUAGUCUUCAAGAAUGACGUCCUGGUAAUUUCUAUAUAUAUAAAAAAAUUAAUACGUCAAUUUUACGGUGCGUUUGGAUGUUGUCCGUAAAGUUGGUUUGGGUUUGCGUGUCAUUUUUAAAUAAUAUAUUUUCCCUGUUGAACAGAA